AUGGCUGCUACAACCUUUGACAUCAAGAGCAUCGUCCGACCCAAUAUCUUGGCCUUAAAGCCCUACCGCUGUGCCCGUGAUGACUACUCCUCAGGAGUCCUGCUCGACGCCAACGAGAACGCCUACGGUCCCGCCCUGAACCCUACCUCUGAGGCCGCCGUCUCGAGCGCAGGACUCGACAUCAACCGCUACCCUGACCCUCACCAGCACGACCUCAAGAACCUGAUCGCAAAGUUCAGGAGCAUCCAGGGAGGUCCUGAAAACUUUUUCCUCGGUGUCGGCAGUGACGAGGUCAUCGACAUGCUCUUCCGCGUCUUCUGUGUGCCCGGCAAGGAUGCUGUCUUGAUCACCCCUCCUACAUACGGCAUGUACUCAGUCUCUGCCCAGAUCAACGAUGUCCAGGUCCACAAGGCUAACCUGACCCUGGACGGCCAGUUCCAAUUGAACGUCGAAGAGAUCGAGAAGCAGGUGGCAGCUCACUCCAACAUCAAAAUCAUCUUCUUGUGCAGUCCAGGAAACCCUACAGGAUCUGCUCUGAGUCACGAAAGCAUGAAGCGUGUCCUGACCAUGCCUAACUACAAGGGUAUCGUUGCCGUGGAUGAGGCCUAUGUGGACUUUAUUGAUGCUGGCAAGGAGGGAUCGACGGCAACCUGGGUCAAGGACUACCCCAACCUCGUUGUCAUGCAGACCAUGAGCAAGAGUUUCGGACUGGCUGGAGUUCGUUUGGGAAUCGCGAUUACAUCACCCGAGAUCGCGCUUUAUAUGAACGCCACCAAGGCACCUUAUAACAUUGCCAGCACCACCUCAAGAGUUGCACAGGAGGCUCUUCAGCCCAAGGGUCUCGAGAUCCUUCACAAGCACAUCGCAGUCAUGGUUCAGGAGAGAGACAGGCUGUUGGAGGCCUUCAAGUCCAUCUCUGGCCUCGGUCGCAUCUUGGGCACCAACGACUCGAACUUUGUCUUGGUUGAGGUUCUUGACAAGGACGGUAAGCCCAGCAACGACCGCGCGUUCAAGGUCUACACGGAUAUGGCUUCAAGACAAGGACUUGUUGUGCGAUUCCGUGGCACCGAGAUUGGAUGCGAGGGCUGCCUACGCAUCACUGUCGGUACCCCUGAGGAGAACGAUGUUGUGAUCCGUCGCCUGACUGAACAGCUUUCUUCUUAG